AUGGUCUCCAAGUCUCACGAGGAAGAGUGGAUGGCAGCACCGUUGAAGUGUGUCCCCAUAUCUGAUGAGGAUGAAGUAUGUUCCGCUGUCUGCCCUGUAUCCAAGGCGGAACCUUCCGGAUACAGUAUGGCUCUCCAGUGGCGAUUACGAGAAGUCAUCCGUGAACGCUGCUUAAAAGUUCAGCCCGAGCAUGUAUUGCCGAAGGUCGUGCUUUGUGGUAAUCUCUCUUGUGCUAGAGUGUCUGCUGGAGGGAAUACUUACGCUGCCUGCUUCUCUGAUGGCGCCGAUAUCAUAUAUGAUACGAGAGUAUUGUCGGAGUACAAUAAGCGGCUACGAAAGCAACUCCCUAGGCUGUCUGAAGUUGAUUAA